CAUGGAUGCAUGCAUCUUGGUGUCGCAUUUCAUUACACACAACAGUUCAACAAGGUAACUGACUGUACGUAAAAGGCGUGGUUCUCGGCGGUGUAGUUACGGCCCGCGUCUGUCCGGGUCUGUCGCAUCCGCAUCGCCAGAAGCCGGAGGACGAUGCCCGUAACCCGGCGACGUUGACGGCUGCAUAAAGUGCAUGGGCUGAGUGUUCAGGGUAGGCUGCUUAAGAGGUUGAAGAGAGGGAGUGAGUGAUUUGACAAGUGGACCGGCCGAGACGAGACCGAUCAUGUCAUAUCAUGAAUAGAGGAAUAGGCAAUAGUCCACUGACAAGUCGACAUCUCACGCCAGAUUCAUGGCUAAAGUGUUUGCUCCAGGGGCAUUCACGGGCCUCAUCAUCCCACCAUCUGCGAGUGCAGCCGCGAAAGCCCCGCCAACGCCAGCAGCGGCAGCGUCAUCGCGUUGAGAAGAUUGACCCCCACCUUGAACUCAGCAGUGCUAUUUACUACCUGACGCUCCCCUCCAUAAACUCUCUUCUUCCCUUCUUCUCCUCGACAUCACCCUUUGACCUGCAUCCCCAUUCACUCGUACCUCGCAUCAAAAUCAUGUCGCUGUCUAACAAGCUCUCCAUCACUGACGUUGACGUCAAGGGCAAGAGAGUCCUCAUUCGAGUCGACUUCAACGUCCCUCUCGACGCCGACAAGAACAUCACCAACAACCAGCGAAUUGUCGGUGCCCUCCCCACCAUCAAGUACGCCCUCGAGAAUGGCGCCAAGUCCGUCAUCUUGAUGUCCCACCUCGGCCGCCCCAACGGCUCCCCCAACGAGAAGUACUCCCUCAAGCCCGUUGUCCCCGAGCUCGAGAAGCUUCUCGGCAAGAAGGUCACCUUCGCCCCCGACUGUGUCGGUCCCGAGGUCGAGGAGAUCGUCAACAAGGCUGAGGAUGGCGCUGUCAUCCUCCUCGAGAACCUCCGAUUCCACAUUGAGGAGGAGGGCUCUUCCAAGGAUAAGGAGGGCAACAAGACCAAGGCCGACAAGGCUCAGGUUGAGGCUUUCCGCAAGGGUCUGACUGCCCUUGGUGAUGUCUACAUCAACGACGCUUUCGGCACUGCUCACCGUGCUCACUCCUCCAUGGUCGGUGUCGACCUCCCCCAGAAGGCCUCCGGUUUCCUCGUCAAGAAGGAGCUCGAGUACUUCGCCAAGGCUCUCGAGGAGCCCAAGCGUCCUUUCCUCGCCAUCCUCGGUGGUGCCAAGGUCUCCGACAAGAUCCAGCUCAUUGACAACCUCCUUGACAAGGUCAACACCCUGAUCAUCUGCGGUGGUAUGGCUUUCACCUUCAAGAAGACCCUCGAGGGUGUCUCUAUCGGUAACUCCCUCUUCGACGAGGCUGGCUCCAAGACUGUUGGCAACCUCGUUGAGAAGGCCAAGGCCAAGGGCGUCAAGCUCGUCCUCCCCGUUGACUACAUCACCGCCGACAAGUUCGACAAGGACGCCAACACUGGCUACGCUACCGACAAGGACGGCAUCCCUGACGGCUGGCAGGGUCUUGACUGCGGCGAGGAGUCCGUCAAGCUCUACAAGGAGGCCAUCGCCGAGGCCCAGACCAUCCUCUGGAACGGUCCCGCCGGUGUCUUCGAGUUCGAGAAGUUCGCCAGCGGCACCAAGGCCACCCUCGACGCCGUCGUCGACGCUGUCCAGAAGGACGGCAAGAUCGUUAUCAUCGGAGGUGGUGACACCGCCACCGUCGCCAAGAAGUACGGCGUCGAGGACAAGCUCAGCCACGUUUCCACUGGUGGUGGUGCCAGCUUGGAGCUCCUCGAGGGCAAGGAGCUGCCCGGUGUUACCGCUCUGUCGAGUAAGUAAAUAAUAUCCACACCUGUUGGAGUACGAUGUCUUAUGAGAACCUGUUGAUGACGGGCUAUGAAAAUGGAAAAAGGUCGGGCGGGAAGAGCUAGUCUGUAGCAAAGACUGAACAGAUCAAAUAAUUAAAUACCAAAUACCAAUAGAGGCGCGAAAGCGCUAUAAGAACGUUACCUACGACUGAAGCAGUUCCGAUUGUCGCACGUGUGAGAAGGAAUUGAUGGUGGAAUCUGGAGCUUGCAAAUGUAGAUGUAUGAGAACGCUGCAAACGUCCAGAUCGCGCAGGCUCGUGUUGCUUCGAGGAAGAAGAAUAAAAUAAAAGAUCCUGCGGCCGGACCGACCAUGCUCGCUGUGGAAUGGGAAACGAUUCCAGCAUCCUUUACAAAGACCAGUGUCGGUGUGAGCUUCCGAUCUACGGGUUGAGGCUCUUGAGACUCUAAAUGACGAGGCCGAAGACCGACCAACAAUAGCUUACUUAUUUCACCACGAACCUGUCCCGAUAUUUCUGUCACCUAGCAAGCAUUGGCGGCACAUGCAAUCGUUCAACACAAACAGACACAGCUAAAGCCCAUUCAAACGUUCAAAGAUGCUUCGUGGCGCUUUCGCGCGCCUCUAUUGGUAUUUAAUUAUUUCAUCUGAUCUGUCUUUUCCACAGACUCGCCCUUCCCGUUCUAUAAAUUGGUUCGAAUCGCGGUAUCGUCACAACAUAGCUCUAUCGGCGUUUAGCAGCCUCGACCUUCUUCAAUUCCUCCCUAUCCAGAUAUUAGCUUUGACUAAAUAGUGUCCGUGGAUAUUGAACGCACCGAAGUUGUUGCGAGAAGUCGUCGCUCGUGUCAUCGUCAUCCCAGCUCUCUUCCCAGAGAUGCUUUGUCUCGCCGCUGCCUUUUGCAGCCUCGGUCUGAUCCUCUGGCCAGUCUAAACAGCAUCAGUACUCAAUGUAGCCUAAGAACAGCUGUGAUGGGAGUGGUACCGUCGACGGGAAAGUCCUCGAACUCGUCGUCCUCGCCGAGAGCGGCGGGCUUCUGCUCUGGCUUCUGCUCAGCGGGCUUGUCGUCUGUGGUCUUGGGAUCUGUGGAUGCCAUGAUGGAUCGAGGCGGGUAUGUGAUAUGACGUUUCGAUUAAAUGGGAGGGAGGCAGGGCGAUUGUGGUUGUUGAUGGAGCUGGAGCUGGAUUGAGAGGCUAAGGUAUUGAGAGCUUGAUGAUGAUGCGGUAGCUGGAGCCUUGUGGACGAGGCGGGAAGGUGGGGCUCAACGGAAGAAUGAUCGACCGCUCUUGGACAUGCAACGAAGGAUCACCACGAAUAUUCACUUCAAUGGCAGACAAAAUGAGGUAGGAAUGACUAAGAACAAUGAAGCAAGGGAGGUAAUUUAUAUUUCAUAUUAGCCUUGAGUGAGAUUUCUGUUAUGAGACAAUGCUCCACCUCUUCAUGAUGUGUUUGCAUAGAGGUUUGACGCUGUUCAAUUACCGGCAAUCAAUCUAGCACUGCUUCAGCUGGAACUAUGACAAUGAGAGCGUCAAAAGAAAUGAAUGGGUUACAAGAAAAAAAAAAAAAGGAAUAGAACAAGAAACUCUAGAUCUGUAGUCUAUAUCUGCAAAAGGAAACCCUGGCGGGUUGUUGUAUAAUUGCGACCGAGGGGAAUCGAACCCCUCUCUAACGCUUGGAAGGCGUUAAUGCUAACCACUACA